GCAGACCGUAACGCACAACAGUACGAUGCAGUAUAUGCCGCUGCACGACACCGGACUCAACUCCGGCACGGUUUCCCAAAAGAGUGAUUCGGCAGGCUCGUACACAACGGCAUCAUCGAAAACGGCGGUGGAGCCUGAGACUCCAUGUUCUACAGCUGCUUCCACACCAAUGCCGCCUCUGCUGUCCCGUCACAGCAACAAUCCAGAGUUAUCGGAUGAGUCGGACGACGAACUCCAGGAUUGGUCGCUUUUGAACAACAUCUCUAAGAAGGGAAUUAAGGACUUCGAGCCGUUGUUAACCGAUGACGACCGGCACCAAUUGUCUGCCUACGACCAGAGCAAGUUGAACAAGUCGAGGAACAUGCGAUUCAAUGCAUUGGCAGUGAAGCGGGGGUCGAUAGUGGACUUGGAAAACUUGAAAACUUCUACGAUAUACAUUAACGCCCACGACCACGAUGAUCUGUUCAUGCUUCAACCGAAGGGGAAGUUCUUGGAGACCAUGGGUAUGAUCGACAACCAGAACGUGUGCCACUUUGGUUUCGAGGAGACUUUGUACUUGGUUGAACGAGGGAGCUGUGUGCUCAAGUUCUGGGACAAGGAAAACGAGGCGAGGAACAAGCUGUACCAAGAAAUGCCGCCGUUGAGUUUGCAGGCGGCCUACUCUAUUCUCGUCACCAAGGGGGACAGGCUGGACCAGUACAUCGUCUACUCAAUCCUCAAGCGUGACGGGUAUAUCAUCACGAGAAACGAGGAGUUUGAGGGCAAGAUCUCCGAACCCCGAAAUCAGCUACUGCCCUCUCCGGACACCCUCUUCAAAAAUCUGAAAAUGUCCUGGUGGACGAGAGUGUUGACAAAAGUAUCGAGCUUUUUCAAGAUGGACUUCCCGUACAAGUUUGCGUUUUCAUACUUCAAUGUUCUUACGUUUUUACAUUCCAAGGUCAAACAGCAAGCAUUGCCGAAGCUUGACAUUUGUUCUGUAAAGCCCACCCGAGGCAAGUACAAGAUCUCCUUCAAUGUUUGGAAACCGUCACCAAGCUUCAAGAAGAAGAACCCUCCACCACCAGAUUAUCAGAUCACAAUUUUCAAGGCAACUCAGCGACUACCCAAAUACAGUGAACUAAAGUCGCUUCUUGAACGGUCGAACUCAAACCCUGAUACACACAAGCCAAAGCCCAAAGUGAAGCCACGUAGAACGAAAAGUGGUGCAGAUACAGGUUCAGAAAAUACUGUCGCCAAGCGGGUUCUUGAAACAAGCUGGGAUUACGCAAAGGGAAUUGAUAUCAGUAACCUCAAGUACGACCCUCAUCGUAUCACCUUUGCCAUCGUUGACAAUGCUACCGUCAACUUCAUCACUUUGUCACAUUGCAGUUUUGUCUCCGAGGGUCCCGUGUGGAGAGACCAUUGGGUGACCUGGAGGCCACCACCAAAAAAGAACAGGCCAAAUGGGUCCUAUAACAACAAUAGGGGGAAAUUCAAUAAAAAUAAGAAGAAUCUAGCAUUGCAGGAGGUAAGCACUGAUUCCAACAAUGGGAAUAAAACCCCAGUGCCUGAAGUGAAUCCUGUGAUGCCAAAAUCUGCACAUUUUUGAGUACUUUUCUAUAAAAUUUACAUUUUGUCUUAUAUUUCAGGAUUUAUAUGUUAAUGUUUCGCAAUUAAAUAAAUGAAAAAUAAGC